GUAAGAAGAAUCCUCAUGGACCCAAUCCUGGUCCUGGUGCUCAGUCUCUCCUGUCUUUUGCUCCUCUCACUCUGGAGACAGAGCUCUGAAAGAGGGAAGCUUCCUCCUGGCCCCACUCCUCUCCCAAUUAUUGGAAACAUCCUUCAGAUAGAUGUGAAGGACAUCUGCCAAUCCUUCACCAAUUUAUCAAAAGUUUAUGGCCCUGUGUAUACUCUAUAUUUGGGCAGGAAGCCCACUGUGGUAUUGCAUGGCUAUGAAGCAGUGAAGGAAGCUCUGGUUGACCAUGGGGANGAGUUUGCUGGAAGAGGAAGGCUCCCAGUUUUUGAUAAAGCUACNAAUGGAAUGGGAAUUGCAUUUAGUAGAGGAAAUGUAUGGAAAGACACGAGGCGUUUCUCACUCAUGACUCUGCGGAAUUUGGGCAUGGGAAAAAGGAGCAUUGAGGACCGUGUUCAAGAGGAAGCACGCUGCCUUGUGGAGGAACUUAGGAAAACCAAUGGCUCACCCUGUGAUCCCACCUUCAUCCUGGGCUGUGCUCCCUGCAAUGUCAUCUGCUCAAUUAUUUUCCAGGAUCGUUNUGAUUAUAAAGAUCGGGAUUUUCUCAACUUGAUGGAAAAACUGAAUGAAUUAACCAAGAUUGUGAACACCCCUUGGUUGCAGGUUUGCAAUACAUUUCCAGCUCUGAUUGAUUAUUGUCCAGGAAGUCAUAACCAAUUUUUUAAAAAUUUUGCUUGUAUUAAAAAUUUCCUUUUGGAGAAAAUAAAAGAACAUGAAGAAUCAUUGGAUGUUACAAUUCCUCGGGACUUUAUUGAUUAUUUCCUAAUUAAUGGAGACAAGGAAGACGGAAAUCAACCAUUGAAAAAUAGGCUUGAACACCUGGCAAUAACAGUGACUGAUCUUUUUUCUGCUGGGACAGAGNCANNAAGNACAACACUGAGAUAUGCUCUCCUACUCCUGUUGAAGUACCCACAUGUCACAGCUAAAGUCCAGGAAGAAAUUGAACGUGUGGUCGGCAAACACCGAAGCCCCUGCAUGCAGGACAGGAGCCACAUGCCCUAUACAGAUGCCAUGAUUCAUGAGGUCCAGAGAUUCAUUGACCUCAUCCCCAACAGCCUGCCCCAUGAAGUGACCUGUGACAUUAAAUUCAGGAACUACUUCAUCCCCAAGGUAAGCUUAUGUUUUUGCAUCUCUAUGCUUUUGAUGCUCCUGGGUUCCCAAUAUGAUUCCAGUCCACAGAGUCAUAUAGUGCUAUCAGUGCCUUAUG